GCUCUCUCUCAAUCUUCCAAUAGUCCCACCAUGAAGCUCGGCUUUACCCCAUGGAUUCGAUUCCAGCUCCAAACACCGGCCCCCGUCGUCGAGGCGGAUUUGGCGGGAAAAACAGUCGUGGUGCUGGGCGCGAACACCGGGCUCGGGCUCGAAGCAGCAAUCCAUUUUGCGCGGAUGAAUGCUGGCAGGCUUAUCCUUGCGUGUCGUAGUCAGAGUCGCGGAGAAGCUGCCAUCGAAAAGGUCAAGGCUGCAACACAGUUCGGCAACAAAUUGGAGCUGUGGAUUGUGGACCUCGCAGAUUUUGGUUCUGUCAAAAGCUUCGUGAACAAGUUCGAGCAGGACGGGGGCCGCCUCGAUAUCUUGGUCGCAAAUGCAGCAGUGAGCCCCCUGUCGUACCAGCCGACGAAAGACGGCUUUGAGACCAGCCUGCAAGUGGCCGACCUCUCGACACCCCUCAUUGUUCUUCGUUUUCUUCCAAUUUUGGACAAAACUGCGCGAGAAAACGGCACCGCCUCGCGCGUCGUCGUUGUCUCCAGUGAGGUCCACUAUUGGGCUAGCUUCGACAAGAAGGUGUGGACUGGUUCGGACCCGAUCAUACGGACCCUGGGCGGGGCGGCCUAUCACCAAGAAAACGGAAGCAGCGCAAUUAGAGCGAGGUAUCCAAUCACCAAGCUCUUGAAUGUUUUCUUCACUCGUGCUCUUGCUGCCCGCGUCUCGCCGCAUCGCGUUGUCGUCAACACCGUCACCCCCGGGAUGUGCAAGACUGAGCUGGCGCGCGACCUUCCCGUCAUCCUGCGCCCGCUCGUGUGGCUUAUGCACGCACUCCUUGGGUUCACCGCAGAGCAAGGAUCCCGACAGCUCAUAUUCGGCGCCGUAGCUGAGCCUGCCCACCCAGAGAAGCUGCAUGGACAGUUCAUCAUGGGCAGCAAACCCACCGAGCCGAGCGACUUUGUUCUGAGCGACCUCGGGAAGAAGUCGGAGGAGCUCCUAUGGGAGGAGGUGGUGGAGAUCCUCGACAAGGUGGACCCGAAGGUGAAGCAGGUCGCCGAGGAGUAUCUGGCACGAAAAAUAUAG